AUGACAGUAGCUACAGUGCGGAGGCAUCAAGUGCUGCAAUAUUUGGGGGAACUUGAACAGAAUAUUGCUGAAAAUGACGAGGCAAUUGCGCAUUUAUUACACAACGGACGUCCACGGAGGCAAAGAAGAAGAUACUGGAUAAGACCCUGGAUCACUAGACGUACUCAGUAUGGAUAUUUUGAUCGUCUGAUGAAAGAACUUGAAACGGAGGAUGUAUUCAAAAAGUUGGCCAUAACACUUCGGUAUUUAGCAACAGGAGAGUCAUACACAAGUCUUAUGUACGGAUUUCGAGUUCCACAUAAUACAAUUUCCUUGCUGAUUCGAGAAGUUUGUGAAAGUAUAAUAGCGGAAUAUGCUAAUGAAGUAAUUGCAUGUCCUACAACUACAGAUGAGUGGCAACAGAUAGCUGAGCAGUUCAAAAAUAGAUGGAACUUGGACCAUGUCAUUGGUGCUUUGGAUGGGAAGCAUAUUGCUAUAAAAUGUCCCCGAAACGGGGGUUCACUUUAUAACUACAAAGGGUUCCACUCCCUCAUUUUUAUGGGGCUUGUUGAUGCUGAUUAUAAAUUCAUUUGGGUUGACGUAGGUGCAAAUGGUUCUGCAUCAGAUGCUACUGUGUUUAACAACUCAGAAUUAAAAGAUGUCACCAAAAAUCAAAAUAUUGGAUUUCCAGAAGCUGACCCUCUACCAAAUGAUAACAGAAACAUCCCGUAUUUCAUCGUGGGUGAUGACGCCUUCCCUCUUAGGACAUGGCUUAUGAAACCAUUUGCAAGAAGGACUUUGACCAAUGAGGAGCGUAUAUUCAAUUAUUGA